AUGGCGGCCAAGUUCAUUGUGGUCCUCACUUGCUUCGCCUUAUGUCAGUCCACUCCACUCCUUAUAAACGGUAUCAUAUAUCGUGAAGGGCGAAACUUACCAGGAGACGACAAUAAUGUGAACAGCGCUGAAGUCAUCAACGUACGAUUUGCGCCAAGGGAAGGGAUUGCCGAAGUCUACCCACAACAAGCUGACGCUCAAGCUGAAGCAUACGAUGUUCAAGGGAACUCCGCUAAAUCUGUUGCACACGCACAAAACGGAGUUGCAUAUGUCCCCAUUCCUCCACCUGCAACGAUCCUGUCGUACCAAAAUUUCGAAGCACCAGCGGAAGCACGAAGCGAAAUCCCUGCACUAACAUCUGCUCAAUCUUCCGCUAUCCGCAAUGGCAACUACGAAUCUUCUGUUUCAUCAGCUGCUGCCACUGGCUCUGAUUCAGCGCAGUCGUCAGCUCACACUCAAGGUGUUGGCACUACUGGUGUAACUUCUUCUAACGCUAACGUCUACGGCUCUAGAUUCAGUUCUGCAUCUUCAAAUGCAAACAAUGGACAUGGAUCAACUGUAACAGCAGCUGAAACACAGGCUGACGGAGUUAAUUCUGCAUCCUCUAAAACACAAAGUGGUCUUGGUACUACUUCAGCCGAAAGCAAGACAAACGGAGGAUAUGGGUCAGCUUCUUCUUCACUGAACGACGUUGCUGGAAAUGCGGUCAUCUCUUCAGCCAAUACACAAGGAUAUGGUGCGGCUGCUAACGCAAAUAUAAAUCAAAUUAAUGGAGCCUCCGUUGCAAAGACCACCAGUCAAAAGGGUAUCAGCUGGCAUUUCGGAACUCUUUAUGGAACGCCGUCAAACGUUGCCCACGUACACGCCGAUAGUCAAGCGGGAGCGGGUAUUGCUAAAUCCACCGCUCAAAGCCACGGUGAUAAUUCUUUAAGGUACGGAACGGCCAAUGCAAACGCUAACGUCAACGGUGCAGGAUAUGCCAACUCAGCUGCUAAUACUCAAGGAUCGGGAUUCGGUGCCGCCACACCUACAGUUAAUACACACGGUUUUGGAACUGUCCAAUCCGCUUCUGACGGGAAUGCAGCUGGUUAUACAAACUCGAUUGCUAGUACUCAUGGUUCUGGGUACGGAUCUGCAAACACAGUAGCUGAUGUGCAGAAUGCUGUAGGUCGUAUUAAUUCAGUAGCACAAUCUCAAGGUUAUGGUGCUGCUAAAUCAGUUGCAAGCGCCAAUGGAGUAGGCUACGUUCAAUCAGCUACGAACACCAAUGGUUACGUAAAUGCCAAUUCCGUAGGUGGCACACAAGGAGUUUAUGGAUCUUUACAAUCCGCUGCCGACGUUAGCGGUGCAGGAUUUGCUAAUUCCGUUGCCAACGGAUACGGCAAUGCAAACUACUUUGCCAACGGAUACGGUAAUGCAAACUACAUUGCCAACGGAUAUGGUAAUGCAAAUUCCUUUGCCAACAACGGUUUCGGAUCCGCCAAAUCAUACGCCAACGCUAAUGGAUUGGGCUACGGUUUCGUGAACACAGGUGCACAUGUUCAUGGAGCUGGUUACGCCAAAUCCUCUGCCAACAGCAACGGGCUGGGCUAUGGAUCUGCCGUCUCAUCUGUAAAUGGUUUUGGAUCAAGUAAUUCUAAUUCCAUUUCUCAUGGCACUGGUUUUGGAGGAUCUGGUACUAUUGCAAAUGCCCAAUCAUCAGGGUUAGGUCAUGCUUCGUCUUCUGCGAAUUUGCAGGGCUUGGCUCCCGGCUACAGGGUUGUCAACUCGGCAGCCGAUACUCAUGGUUUCGGUUCGGCCCACGCUAGUGCACAGAGCUUGUAA